AUGAAUCAGGAAAGCGACCUGAUGGAUCCGUCCGAUGCAAAACUCACCAGGGUUUUUUCAAGAACGCCCUCGUCGUGGGACCCGCAGGACGACGUCUUGUUGAGACAUCUCAAAGAACAACAGAAGCUGGGCUGGAAAGAGAUAGCGUCGUAUUUCAACAACAGAACCCCAAACGCCUGCCAGUUUCGCUGGAGAAGACUGAGAUCAGGUGCGCUCAAGUCUCAAAGUCCCUCCUCGCCGGUCUCACCACCGGCUGGGAGCUCUCCAAUGCCCAAAAGAACGCUUCAGGACUUGCCUGAGAAGCCUCAGAACUAUGUUACCAAGUUCCAGGCCGUGACCCAGGACCACCAACAAUCCCACCAGACCCAGACCAACAAUCACUCCCAGUCGCAGCAGAUCCAACAGCCACAGUAUAAUCACCAAAUUCAGAAUAGCCAACAACAGAGUCUGCUACAUGACUCCCAGGUAUCUCAGAAUUCGCAAGGAAAGUCUGGUUACUCUUCUUUUCACUCCAACAACUCGGUUUCCGUUCCUUCAUACAACCAAUGGACGUUUCACAAUCAGAACCCAGCUUCCAUGUCCCAACCGAACAAAUUGCCUCCUUCAAGCCAUAUGAACGGCUCAGGAAUUUCUGCCAGUAUGUUGGCAACCUCAACUGUGAUUGAUGAGCAGCUCACGAAACAACUGUCGUUCCUGGCCCAGGAGACUCUUCAGCAGGUGCAGAACCAGCACCACCACAUUGAGGCUUUAGCACCAGCCAACCACAACAUUCCGUGGAACGAGGACGAGGAUGAACUGUUGUCCCAUAGGAGAGAAAGAGAGCUGAGCUUUGCAGAGCUGUCCAUUCUUCUGCCGACCAGAUCAGAGAGUGACAUAUGGUCUAGAAUAGACUGGCUCGAGAAAAAGAGCUCGGGUCCUGAAUCUGUGUCUGGAUCCACUGCCGACUUAAAACCUGCUACUGCCUCAGUUCUUUCUUCUUCAAGCGUGACAGGGGGAAGAAGAUCUCUCUCUAUUUCUUCAAUUGCCUCGUCCAAUUCGUCUAGUAACGAAAAGAAUGGAGCCAAUUGA